CAGUAGGUGGCGCAGUUUGUUGACAUCACAGCAGCAUCAGUGUGAAAUCUGUCAGAUAGGGCGAUGUCGCCGACAGGCUACAACUCUUUCGUAAAACCAAUGUUCAUAAUAAUAUGUGACGUGGAUCCAACGCUGCACGCUUGGUAACCAGUUUUGGCCAGCCUUCUUCCAGUAAGAAACAUGGCGACCCCUUCUGCCCCAUCAUCUGUCCUGAGGGAGUUCUGCCCACUUUACUACCUGCUAAAUGCCAUUCCAUCCAAGAUUCAGCGUGGGUUCCGCUCUGUCCUUGUCUACCUGACAGCCUUGGACAGCAGCAGUGACUUCCUGGCAGUGGGCAGCAGCAUCGGCAUGCUGUAUCUGUACUGCCGCCGCCUCUCACACAUGAACAAGUACAGCCUGGAGGGAAAAUGUGAUGCAAUCACAGCGGUGAAGCUGCUGAGUUGUUUUGAUGACCUCGUGGCUGUGGGAACCGCGUCAGGCAGGGUGGCAGUCUUCCAGCUGGUUUCUCCCCUUCCUGGUCGCAACAAACAGGUGAGAAGCGUUUUUGAUGUGGUGGGUCUUCAUAAAGGGAUGGUAACAGCUUUGGCCUGGAGCACAAAUGGCAUGAAGCUCUUCUCUGGAGAUGAUAAAGGACGAGUUGUAUUCUCUGCUCUGGACUUGGACCAGGGUGUGUGUAAGCCGGUGCUGCUGCUGGAGGAGUCUUCCAGUGUUGUUCAACUGGAGUACAGCCACCAGGUAUUGCUGGUCUCAACGCAGCAGAGGUCUUUGCUUUACUGCACACAGAAACAAGAAGUCCAGCAACUCGGGACCAAACCCAGGAAGAGCAGCGGCAGGUUUGGAGCCUGUUUCCUACCAGCUCUGUGUAAACAGAGUGACCUGCAGGUCUUUGCUGCUCGACCUGGGCUCAGACUGUGGAGGUCUGACAUUAGAGGACUAGUGGAGGACACCCGACUGCUAAAACCUCUUUUCAGCACACAGAUUCCUCAGUUUGAGUUGUUUCCUCGUCCUGGUCCGGUUGGCGCGUACCGUCCAGCAGACAGGCAGCUCGGUCUGCUCAGCUGUUUCUUCAGAGAAGGCUGGAUCCUCAGCUGGAAUGAGUACAGCAUCUAUGUGCUCGACUGUGUUAAUGAGGUGAUCAUCGGGGCUUUGGAGAGCAGUGGAGACAUUGUGUCAGUGUCAAGCUGUGACAAUGAGAUCUUCAUCCUAAAAGGAGACAGAGACAUCAUUCGCAUCUCCAACAGCCCUGAGGGAUUGGCCUCCAACUUGCCAGAGCUUUCCUUCCGUCUGUCUUCACCCUUGACCACGCCCACCCUCAUUCCACCCACCGGAUCAGUCGAGAUGGCUCAGCCAAUCCGGACCAUGGCAAUCAUUGUCGAAGACGAGGGCAAAACGAGAGAACAAGAAAAGGAAGAAGAAGAAGAGGAAGGAUUAGAAGAAGUUGAAGAGGCGGAGGAGCAGGAGGAGCAGUUGGAGGCAGUGGAGCAGUACUAUGAGCGUCCUGGCAUGACUACAAGCAGCUCUCGUAGUCGUAGCAGCUCUGUCACAUCCUGGGAGAGUCUCCAUGGGCAUCCUCCUGUGACGGCAGCCUGCGAGCAGGGCUCUAGGAGGUACAGCACCCCCCCUGGGCCAGGAGGAGCUACAACAGGAAUUAGUGGGUCAAAUGCCAUCAGGGUCAAAAGAAGAGAAGGCGGGCAAGAUAGCAGCAGUGGGAACCAUCUCUCUGAGAGCAGCUGCUCAGAAUCCAUGAUGGUAGUCCAGGACGGCAGCUGUAGCGAUGGAGGAAGUGGAACUCCAGUGAGUGACAGAGCCUCCCUUGUUGGUCUUGAUAUUCAAACCAGUGAUGAUCCAGAGCAGAACCACAACAAGGAGCGAGAUUUGGAGGGGAACAGAAAUGUAACGGAUGCAGGGGACAUGGAGUCUUCCUUCACCCACACAGACUCCCGCCUUGCUCCAGACUCCCUGAAGGGUCUGAAGAGUCAGCUGAAUCCCGAAAAGGGUGCUCCUGGUGCAGAAUCAGAGGCCAUCGCAGCGACCCCAGAUGUAGAUCUGUUACUGGAGUGCACGUUCUCUUACAUGCACAGCACUGAAAAAGAUAACGACCAGGAGCAGCAGCCAAUGGAGGAGCAUGAGGAUGAGUUCCUGAGCCCUCUGAUAGGACCAGAUGAGGAUGAAGAGGAGGAGGACCACCUAGCUCCCCCAGCUGGCUUGGCUGACCAAUUGUACUACUCCACUGUAUCUACUCUGGACAGAAAGCGCAGCAUGUCCAGUGAUGAAGAAGGUGAUAUCUAUUGCCACACUCUGCCUUCUGAUAGUAACGUGGUGGUUGGCCAGAGCCGCCCAUCCAUACAGACAGACAAGACGUCAGAUAGACAUACAGAACCAGAAACUCAGGACAAAGACAGACAAAAAGUCAAUCAUCUGGCAGAAAGCUGGAUGGGAUACUCAGGGCCAGGAUGUGGAAUUCUAAGCCUGCAAGUGACUGACAGGUAUAUAUGGUGUCUGGACUUUAAAGGAGGUCUAUUCUGCAGUGCUCUACCUGAAAGUGGCCUCAACUGGCAACGCUUUGAAGACAACAUCCACCAGGUGGCAUUAUCACCCUCAGGAACUCUGCUAUGGAAGGUGGAGCAGAAGACUAUGACAGCUUUUGCCUGUGCUAAAGUAUCAGUGAGGGGAAAACGCCAUUGGUACAAAGCUGUAGAUCAGACCGCCUUUGUAGCGCUGAGCGAUGACUCUGCCUGGAUCAUCAGGACAAAUGGAGACCUCUUCUUGCAAACAGGUUUGAGUGUGGACCGUCCCUGUGCUCGCUCGGUGAAGGUGGACACUCCCUGUGUGUUCAGCCAGGUGUGUGUGAGAGGGGGCGUGGUCUGGGCUCUGAGCGAGCACAAAGCUCUGUUCUGUAGAGAAGGCGUGAACAGCUUCUGCAGUGAGGGUGACAGCUGGAAGUACGACACCGUCAGUGAGGCCCAAGGUCUGGAGCUGAUGUGUGUUACGCUGGGAGAUGGUGGCACAGCAUGGGCGCUGGAUGCUAGCGGCAGCCUCUGGUUUCGAACUGGCAUCUGUUCUCAAAGGCCACAGGGUAGUGAUGACCACUGGUGGCAGAUCAGUAUAUCAGAUUAUGUGGUGUUUGACCAGGGCAGCCUGUUCCAGACGCUGCUGCAGGCUACCCAGAGUGUUGCCACGGUUACGAGGGCACCAGUAGAGAGGGUGGUGGCCUUCCUGUCACAGUACUCGCAAUGCCAACCAAGUCUUGUCACUGCCAAUGCCAGCGGUGUCUGGGUCGCCUCUGGAUGACUAAACCAGCUGCACCUAGCCAGGGCAGCCUUGUGUGGAACUUUCUGGCAGAAUGUUGUUCCAAGAGGAACUGUCUCAGCCACUCGGUGGACCUUCAUCACAUCGUCGUCUGUGCCUCACAAAGAAGGAACAUUCCUGUGGUUGGCUCAGAGCAGAAAGGAUCUGUUCUGUGUUUGGGACCAAGAUGGAGAGCUCCGCCCCUCCUCUGUCCCUCUACCACCUGAGGUGGAGUUGACCCAGCUGUCGGCCUGUCGCGAUGCUCUGUGGGGUCUGGACAACCAUGGACGAGUCAGUAUUCGUACCCUCUCUCCAGCCUGUCCCAUCGGCAUGCACUGGACCCUCCUAGACCUCAGUCAGCUUGGAUGUGUGCGUCUUGUCAGCGUGAGUUGUGGCAGUCAGAACGUCUGGGCCGUGGACAGUCGCGGCGUGGUCUACUUCAGAGUCGGAACUCAGCCUCUGAACCCGAGCAUGAUGUUGCCGGCCUGGAUCCACAUAGAACCACCUGCACUGCCUGUGGGAGUCCAGCUGGUCAGUAUUCAGACCAGUCCUAAUGACCGUCUUCUGUGGGCAUUGGAUAACCGAGGGAGCGUCUUUGUCAGGACUGGCCUGAGUGAUGAGAUGCCGGUUGGGACGGACUGGGAGAUGGUGCCUGGUCUCGCAGUUACUCAGCUGGUCCUCAGCACUUGGACAGUUUGGGUUCGUUGCGUGAACGGAGAUCUGGCUCGCCGUUAUGGAAUAUCUGACAAAAACCCUGCAGGAGACUACUGGAAGAAGAUCCCUGGAAGUGCCAACUGGUUAACUGUCACUCCAGAGGACGAGCUGUGGGCUGUGACUUUAAUUGGCGGUUUGUCCCGUCGGCUGACAAAGCUCCUCCCCCAGACUCCACCUAAACCUCCCCUCUCAGCGGCCGCACUCAGUGGGGACGACCUGGGCGAAGACUGGGAGCUCAUUUGAUGUCAGCAGUGACAUCACACAGAGACAGUCCUGCCUGUUUGGUCUUGGUUUGUUUAUUCUGGAUUCCCCUUGUGAUGUCAUGCCCUUCCCCCAUAACAAACAAACAGACAAAAUCCCUCUGAAAACAACAGGAUACGCCACAUAACAAACAGGAAGUGGGACUGGUGAUACCAUAGUUGUCCUGAUGCGGAGUCGGCAGGUCAGGCUAAUGCAGGACUUCCUGUGGUUUAUGGUUGUGGUUUGAGGACGACACUAACUUUCUGUUUCUGCUCGCUGAAGACGUGAGAAAUUCUGAUUCUUAAGCAAGAUGGCUCCACACUCGGAGCCCUGGUGGCUUCUGGGAACUGAAGUGAGGCUGGAUUUUACUAGGAAGCACUUUACUGACUUACAGGGAUGUUUGACUAUAGAGGAGCAUUUUCAUUUCUCAUGGUUCAGUCCAGCUGAACAGAUUCCGUUUAUUGCAGGUUCUAGAUAAUUAAAUAUAUGAAACCAUAUUAACUUUAAAAAGGGGGCCAGAGCCAGUUAAGUCCUGUAUGGGCCCAGAGGGCCAUCAGGUUGGGGCUGAUUCCUAGAUAGAACAGUAUGAAGCAGAUAACAGUCCCAACUCCCCCUGGACAAGACACCAGUCCAUCACAGAUUCCUCCCCAGCAGAGGACAGUACUCAAUUGCAGCUGGUCCACCCAGCUGCAUUUGAACGGAACGGUGCAGAUGAAAUGUCUUGUCCGAGGACUCAGAUAGGUGGCAUGAAGCACAGCUCUGGAGUAGAACUCUGGGUCUGCAGCUUGAAGCAACUAGUUAGAACACUGAAGGAACACUCACAUUCAGUUACAUCUAAUUAUCUGUAAUAACCUGUAGAUAAUAACCUGUAAAUAAUAACUGGUAUUGUCUGC